GGAUGAUGGAACAUGGCCUAUUAUCACCUGAAAGAGCAAAAAAGGCAUUUGAGAAAAAGCAGAAGAAGCAAAAGCAACUUCGGAUGGGAACUCCUAUCAAAUCUCCUCCUCCACCACCACGAAGUAAACCUCCUGAGAGUUCCAAAAAACAGCUGCCGCAGGUGUCAAAGAAUGGCGAAGUUAAAGCCAAGAAAAGAAUUCUUGAUGACAGUGAUGAUGAUGAUGAUUUUGUAUUGAGUCACAAGAGGAGGAAAGGGUAAGAAGAAAAAAAACCCUCCUCUCGGUGUUUGUAGGGGUGCCAUUUUAGAGAAAUGCUUUAUUUAGAUUUCUUUUAAAUUUGAUUGCAUCAAGGCAAGUGAUAAAAACUAUCAAAAGACUGAUAGAUUAAGACAUUCUUUACAAUGUCCAAUUUAUGGGAACAAUAAAGAAACAUAAGUUAUGACUUCAUGUUCUUCUAUAUUUCAGUUGAUAACAUAAGGUGCGUUUUGAUGUG